CAACGGCCAACCGAUCAGCAUACCUCUCGCCGACUUGGCCGAAUCGUCGUCCAACGGCGACGGCGACGUCUACUCUACAGCUUUGCCUCUCGACGGAGAAGAUGACUCAACAGCGUCGAUGUCCGGCAUUGAAGCACAUUCUACGGCUUCGCCUAUCGACGGAGAAGAUGACUCUUCAUCGUCGCCGUCCGGAGUUGAAAAUCAUUCUACCGGCUCGCCUAUCGACGGAGAAGAUGACUCUUCAUCGUCGCCGUCCAGAGUUGAAGAUCAUUCUACCGCUCCACCUAUCGACGGAGAAGAUGACUCAUCAACGCCGCCGUCCACCACUGAGGCAUGUUCUACGCACACGCCUAUCCACGGAGAAUAUGACUCAUCCGUGUCGCCGUCCGGCACUGAGGCAUAUUCUACGGCCUCGCCUAUCGACGGAGAAGAUGAAUCUUCAUCGUCGCCGUCCGGAGUUGGAGAUCAUUCUACCGGCCCGCCUAUCGACGGAGAUGACUCAUCCACGUCGAGGUCCGGCCUUGAAGCACAAUCUACAGUCUCGCCCAUCGACAGAGAAGUUGACUUAUCCUCGUUGCCGUCCGGAGUUGAAGAUCAUUCUACCGCUCCACCUAUCGACGGAAAAGAUGACUCAUCAACGCCGCCGUCCACCACUGAGGCAUGUUCUACGCACUCGUCUAUCCACGGAGAAUAUGACUCAUCCGUGUCGCCGUCCGGCAUUGAGGCAUAUCCUACGGCCUCACCUAUCGACGGAAAAGAUUACCCAUUAUCGUCGCCAUCCGGCGUUGAAGAACAUUCUACCGUUCCGCCUAUCGAUGGAGAAGAUGACUCAUCAGCGCUGAAGUCCGGCCUUGAAGCACAAUCUACGGCCUCGCCCAUCGACGAAGUAGAUGACUCAUCAUCGUCGCCGUCCGGAGUUGAAGAUCAUUCUACCACUCCGCCUAUCGUCGGAAAAGAUGUCUCAUCAGCGUCGCCGUCAGGUAUUGAAGCACUUUCUACGACCUCGCCCAUCGACGGAGAAGCUGACUCGACAACGUCAUCAGCCGACAGAGAUGGCGUGGUCGGUGGCAAUGGCGAUGCUCGUUCGCCGAUGCUACCGGCACACACCUCGAGCCCGGACGGCCAGAGCGAUCUCGAAAAGACUGAGUCAGACGUCUCUGAUGCCUUAACAACCGAGCGUUUCUACUUCAAGCAGCCUGCGGAUCCCGGCCUACCGGCCGAGAUUUACGACUCUGUCAGCGGCGAGCCGGUGCUCGGGGCUGAGUUACUGGCCGACGGUGUGGCUCGUCUACCCGGAGGGCAGUUCUUAGUUGCCAAGGCCAUGCAGAUGAGGCGCUUUUUGUGGCUGGCCAUGAACCGAUCGGAGCCAGAGGCGGAGACGACGACGACGACGAAGAUGGAGCCCAUCCUUCUGGACACUCACACCGGCCUGGUCGUGAAGGACGCCGAUUUGCUUGGUGACGGUGUCUUCCGUCUUCCCGACGGCCAACUGCGCAGCUUCGGAUCAAAAAGCACUCGGGGUCGGUACCAGCUGCAUUGGCCGUCGCCAGGGCAGACUGAUCCCAGCAACGUUGUCCUCUUCAACUUGACCACCGGUCAACCGGUCGUCUACUCGCGACUGCACGGCCGCCAUUUGGUCGAACUGCCCGACGCCCGGUUCGUACUUGCCGGCCAGCCUGACUGGCCGGCUUUCGUCGUCGCCAAAGACGACGCUUCAAGUCCCGCCAACUCACCUCUCCUCUUCGACGUGGCCACCGGCGAGCAGGUGGCCAGCAGCACGCGGCUGAACGGCGACGGCGACGUUGAGUUGGUGGGCACCGCCGACGGGCGAAAGCUGGCCGCGGCCGUGUUGCAACCGGGAAGGCCAGACGAGACCCGCUUCGGCUCUCUCUUCUCGCGCUACGUCCGGCUGGCAGACGAGACCGGCGAACGCGUCUUCAACUUGACGACCGGCGUCGAGCUGACCGGAGUCGAGCUGUUGCCGUACGGGCUGUUUCGUCUGCCCGACGGCGAGACGCGACUGGCCGGCGUCGGGCGUCGAGUCGAGUCGACUUUGUCACGAUUCUUCGAGCUCCACGACUACUCUGAAGUGCUUCAAAACGGCUCCAGCCUUGCCUUCGUCCCCCCGGCAGAUGCGCUCAAUGCCACGCCGGCCGGCUGUCUCUCUCAACCAGCUGUAGGCGACGCAGACGCCCUGACAACCGGACUCGACUGUCCGAGUCCGGCGUCGUCGGAGCAAGAGACGCGUCAGUGGGAACUGGACGAUGGGGUCGUCGAAGCUCGAGCAAUGGGACGG